AUGAACAGUGCCUCGAAAUGGAGAGCCCUCUCGUCGCCCUUCAGACAGCUCAGCUUCCUCAAAUCCACCUCCACCUCCGUCGGCGACGUCAUGCGUGAUCUGGACGGCAAGCACCUCAUCACAGGCGAUUUCAUCCUCGUGUCCGGCGACGUGAUCAGCAAUCUGCCCAUCGAGGGCGCCCUAACCAAGCAUCGCGCGCGUCGGGCAGCCGAUAAGAAUGCGAUCAUGACAAUGGUGCUUCGCGAGGCAGGCCGGAAACACCGGACCAAGUCCACGUCGAUCUCGCCGGUGUUUGUGAUCGAUCCCACCAAGGACCGGUGUCUGCACUACGAGGAAAUCGACGAGCGGGCGGAGAGCGACCAGCCCGCGCGGCUGAAUAUCGAUACGGAUAUUAUUCUGUCGCAUGCGGAGCUGGAUAUUCGUCAGGAUCUCAUCGACUGCAGUAUCGAUAUCUGCACGCCUGAUGUGCUGAGUCUGUGGUCAGAUAGUUUCGACUACCAAUCACCCCGGAAACAUUUCUUGUAUGGUGUGCUGAAAGACUACGAGCUAAAUGGCAAGACGCUCCAUACCCACAUUAUCAGGGAGAACUACGCUGCGCGGGUGCGGAACUUGAAGGCAUACGAUGCCGUGAGCAAGGAUAUCAUCUCGCGCUGGACAUACCCCUUGUGCCCGGACACCAACCUGCUUCCUGGGCAUACGUACGAUCUGCGCAAGGGCAGUCUGUACCAGGAGCAGGGGGUGACGCUCGCCCGGUCCUGCGUGGUCGGUCGUCGCACGGUGAUUGGGUCUGGGACGAGUAUCGGGGACCGGACGACAGUGCACAACACCGUUCUGGGCCGCAACUGCAAGAUCGGGAAGAACGUCAAGCUUGACGGCGCAUAUAUCUGGGAUCAUGUUGUGAUUGGGGAUGGUUCGGAUGUCCGUGGUGCUAUUAUUGCGGAUGGCGUCGUGGUCGGUAAGAAGUGUACGGUUGCGCCUGGCGCGCUGCUCUCGUACGGUGUCAAGAUUGCAGAUGGCGUGGCUGUUCCGAACGGGCAGCGGAUCACUAAAUCCUCACGGGAUGGCAUGGAUGUUGCCAGUGACCCCAAGGUCGUUGGCGCUGGUGGGGAAGGCUAUGAGUUCGUGCCUGGUGACGAGGAUGAUGAAGUUGACGACACCCCAAGCGAAGCCUCGUCGGGACUUGGUAUGUUCCUUCUUUCGUUCUCACUGCAGGCUAUCCGGCUAACCCUCCUUUUCAGUUUAUCGCAUGCCCAAUCUCUCUCUUUCUUCUGCCUCGAUCUCCACACUGUCAUCCGAACUCUCAGAAGGAUCCUGGCCACGGUCCGGCCGAAGCAGUUUCUCCAGCGGCGACGAGGAACAAGACAACUUCUACCACGAAGCCUCCGUCAGUGCAUUUGA